AUGCCUUACUCGUCGCCUUCAGAUUCUGCGGAAAUAUCGUCCACACAAAGUGCGCCGGCAGGACUUACGCCAUUUCCGGGAAGUACGGGGCAAACAUCAGUAGAGACGGAUGAAGAGUUUACUUAUCAUGAUUAUCCUCAGCAGCAUCGCAAAAGCAGCCACGUUCGGAAAACUUUACACCCUAACGUCGGAUAUUAUGGGUCUCUGGGAGAGCGUAACUCAUUCUUAGCAUCUCGUUCCACCUCAAUUACCGAAUCAAUUGCAAACAGCGUGAUUAGCGUCACUCAGAUGACCCUUAGGCAGAUGAGAAGGCAGAGAUUCCUAACCGUUUGCAUAUUUGGAGUUAUCUUCAUGCUCCUUUUCAAGCUGAUCUUUAUGCCGCGCACAUCGUUGGAUAGAGAUCUCCGACGGCUCCACGGCGAAUAUCUCACCUUAGAUGAUUGCUCGCGGCUGUUUCUCACCCACCUCACGUUGAAGAACGAUAUCCGCCGCUACAUGAAGUGCUAUUCAGAGGAAAUUCAUACUACAGGCGAUAAUUAUGAGGCCACCGUCGAACUAUUCAGGGAAUUCCCGACAUUUAAGACGUCUACGGAAAAGUAUGAAGCAUGGUUUAGUCGACCUCAGGAGUCAUGGCUACGGGUCUUAUCUGCCGAUAAUAAGGUGAUAUAUGACGCAAACUUACAAGAGACCGAGUUGAUGUCAUUUUAUCCAUACAGUGCCAGCGGGAAAAUGAGGGCCAAGUACGUUUAUGCGAAUUAUGGCAGUGUGGGGGAUUUCCAACAGUUGAACGCGUCGGGAAUCCCUGUGGAAGACCGGAUCGUUAUUUUGCGCAAUGGCAAUUUACAUCCAAGUAUCAAGAUUCAGAACGCCCAGCGGGUGCAUGUCGCGGGUGCGGUAAUAUACUCCGAUCCCUAUGAUGACGGCAAAUACGUAGAGAGCCAUGGAUAUGCAGCCUUUCCCGACGGAUUUGCAAGAAAUCACCAUGCCAUACAGAAGGACACCCUUAGUCGAAUACUUGAGCAGCCCGGGGAUCCGACAACUCCUGGCUGGUCGUCGACACUUUUCUCAAAACGUGUGAAGCCAGAGACAAUCCCAACAAUUCCCGUUUUGCCAAUAAGUUUUGCAGCCAUUCAGCCCAUACUGGACUCUUUAUCCAAUGGGGCGGAUUUAGGCUGGAAAGGAGAUUAUGCGAACUUCAGCUACUCCGCCAGCGUAUCCGAGAACACACUGGAAUUAGGCAGUACAGUUCAGUUCAAGAUCAAGCCCAUCUAUAAUAUCAUCACGGAGAUCAAGGGAAUCAUAAGAGACGAAGUUAUCUAUGUAGGAGCGUCACGUGACAUUGUUGGGGGAAUUGGAGGAGCUUCGAGUGGGUUUUCGGAACUGUUAGAACUGGCGAGAGGAUUCAACGAGCUUGCCAAGAAGGGCUGGAAGCCACUACGAACGAUCAAGUUAAUCAGCUGGGAUGGAUCGGCAGCGGGGCUGCUUGGAUCGACUGAGUUUGGUGAGUUCUACGAGGGAAAGCUUCGGAAGAAUGCCGUGGUGUACGUGAAUUUGGAUGGAGUUAAAGGAUCGCGACUUUUGGUUGAGUCGAACCCAUUGUAUGGUCAACUUUUGGUUAAGAGCAUGAAGGAGAUCCUAGUGGACGACGAUACGACUCUGUGGGAGUAUUACAUCGAUCGGCACCAGCAUAAUGGGUCGGAAAUCGACUUGAUUAGCCAACGGUCUGGUGAUUACUCCGUUUUUCAGUGCUUUGUCGGUGUUCCGUCCAUCAACAUCGGGUUUUCCAACGUCAAAGACAAAGACCCGGUUCCCUACACUAACUCCAAAUACGACUCCGAAGACUGGCAGCUAUUGCUAGACAGGAAGCUUCGGUACCACAACUUGGUGGCCCAAUUCGCUGGUUUAUUUGUCCUGCAAAUAAGUGAAAGAGAGAUAAUCGAUGUCGGAACAGGUGAUUAUAUGUCACGUAUACAGCAAAGGUUUGAUGUCCUCUCUUCCCGUGUCCCGAGCGGGUGGAAGCAUAAGAAGAUGAAGAUUAGAGGACAGAAAGAUGGCCGUAAUGUUGGUGAGGAGAUAGAGCGACUCGAUGAAUUGUUGAGUGAGAUCGUGGCGAUCGCAAAGAACUUCGAUGAUCAUUUAGUAUGGCUACAGCGACAAAUCCUUCAAGAUUAUCCAUGGUUCAAGAUGUACGUGAAGAUCAAGAUAGCAUUUCAGAUUAAGAUUGCUAGUGCUAAAAUUAAGGCUUUAGACAAGUUGUUUGUUGCGCCGGAGAAGUAUACGAACGUCGACGUGGAUGGGCAGAGAGAAGGACUAUUGAAGGGUCGAAAAUGGUUUCGGCACUUGAUAUUUGCACCAGACAGAGUCAGCGGUUAUCGAUUGGAGGUUCUUCCUGGCUUCACAGAGGCGUUGCAAAAUGGAGAGUAUGGUUUCUUCGAAAGGAAUAUACAGGCUUUUGGAGAGGCCUUAGAGAAAGUGUACUCGAAGUUGAGGUAG